UUAGCGGCAUCGCUGGUAUCCAAGCUAGCAGCAGCUUCAUCCAUCCUUCUCUGUCGUAACAAAAUCCCCCAGUGUCAAUCAAAGUCGCUGUUAGCUUAGCUUGGAAGGUGUUGGCCAGUUGAUAUAAAUAUACCGGUGAAUUUACGACGCAAUGGCUCCGAAGAAAAAUCCCAAAACGCAUUCCAAGAAAGAAACACAGAGCAUUGCGGGGUUUGUCGGCUCUAAGAAUAGUGGGGGAUCAGGUUCCGGACCUCACAAUUGGUCGUGCGAGAACGAAGUUUCCUUCUCAUUGUUUGGAUCAUACACGUUCAAUGUGCUAGCUUGACGGGUCGCUGGAAAGGUUUUGCUCCAUGCAGCGCUAUCGCCACUAUGGCGCCUCCGCCCCCUCCUCAAUCCCCUCGGCAGCGCCGGCGGAGGAGGCCCACAGCACCCAGGAGGCGCUGAACACUCACGAGGACGUGUAUGAUGAGCAGGGGGAACCGAUGGUAACAGAGGAGGCUUUGGAUGGCCUCAAGAAGACAGGAGGAGCCAGUGUGGAGGAGGCCGCGGCCCCACAUCAAGCUCCUCCACUCUCCGAGUCAAAGCCACCGCCAGCCGAAAGCAAGAGCAACAAGAAGGCGGCAGGAGGAGACACGGGGGGCGGAGCCAAGUAUUCCGUGUUCACCUGGUUCGCGGUGCUGGCCCUGCUGGGGGUUUGGAGCUCGGUGGCCGUUGUCUACUUUGACAUCGUCGACUACGACGGCGUCAUCGCGCGAGCUCAGGAGUUCCGUAUGAACUUUUCACAAGUUUUACAAGGGAAGCUGACGGCCUACGACACGGACGGAGAUGGCGACUUCGAUGUGGAGGACGCCAAAGUCCUGCUCGGCCUGAAAGAAACUCCAAGCCAGCGGCAACCAUCUGAAGAGCAACCAGCGGAACCCGCUGAAGAUCAGGCGAGCAACCGGCAAGCCGCAGAGCCGGCCGAAGAGGAGUCAGUGGAGGCGCAUACGGAGGAGACCACAGCUCAGGACUUCAGUGUUGAAGAGCAGUCGACCACGCAACCCGAGGACGAGUCGGUUGAGGAGCACCCCGAGGAGAGCGCGACAGAAGACUCGCCAACAAUCUCUGAAGCUGAAGAUGUGGACUCUGAAAUCCAAGCUGCUGUUCCCCUGCCUGCCUUUGUAGAAGAAGACUUUGUAGCUGAUGAUCCUCGAGGAGACACGGAGCUUCCUCUUGAGGAGGACGUGGACGCCAUCGACACAAGCGGAGUCCUGGUGGAGGAGCCGUCAUCUCAGGAGACUGUUGUAGAAUCUAUAAAAGAUUUGACGAGCUCCAAAGUGACUCAAGAAGAAGAAGAAGGAGAGCCAGCGGUGGAAACAGAGCAGUUUUUUGAACCUGUAGAAACACAGAGCGAGAACACAGCAGAGAGCAGCACACCAGCCGAGCCGCCGUUGGAGGAGGAGAAGCAGUCUGAGCCGGUUGAAGCGCACAGCGAGACUGCUGGAGGGAGCAGCACGCCCGAGGAAGCGGCGGACCUCACAACUGCGGAGAAGCCCAAAGAAAAAGCCAAGAAGAAGAAAGCCAAACUGCUCAACAAGUUGGACAAGAGCAUUAAAGCAGAACUGGAUGCUGCAGAGAAGCUUCGCAAGAAAGGAAAAAUGGAGGCGGCGCUGCAAGCAUUUGAGACGUUGGUGCACCAGCACCCGCAGAGCCCCCGCGCUCACUACGGGAAAGCGCAGGUGGAGGACGACCUAGCCGAGAAGCAGCGCAGCAACGACAUGUUGCAGAAGGCCAUCGGCAGCUACGGAGACGCCGCAGAUCUUCCGGACGCCACCCCCGACCUGAUCCGAGCCGCCCUCAAGAGACGAGCCGAGCGCCAGCAGUUCCUGGGCCGCAUGCGUGGCGCUGUGGCCACGCUGGAGAAGUUGGUGCAGAUCUUUCCAAAAGACAUCAGUCUGAAGAACGACCUGGGCGUGGCCUACCUGUUGCUAGGCGACAACAAAGGUGCCAAAGCGAUCUACGAGGAGGUUCUGGCGGUUGCCCCCAGCGACGGCUUUGCGAAGGUUCACUACGGCUUCAUCCUGAAGUCUGAGAACAAGAUCGCAGAGAGCAUUCCUUACCUGAAGGAGGGGCUGGAAUCAGGAGAGCCCGGCACCGAUGACGGACGUUUCUACUUCCACCUAGGAGACGCACUGCAGAGAGUCGGAGACAAGAGCCAGGCCUACCACUGGUACCAGGUGGGCCACGAGCGAGGGCACUUUGCGUCCGUGUGGCAGAGGUCACUUUACAAUGUGGACGGGCUUAAGGCGCAGCCCUGGUGGACCCCAAAUGAGACCGGAUACACCGAUCUGGUGAAGGCACUGGAGAAGAACUGGAAGAUGAUCCGGGACGAGGCCAUGGCCAUGAUGGACCAAAACACGGGCCAGUUUGUACCUGAGGAGGAGAACCUGAGGGAGAAAGGAGAGUGGGGCCAGUACACGCUCUGGCAGCAAGGGAAGAAGUCUGGGACGUCCUGCCAGGCUGUACCAAAGACCUGCUCGCUACUGGAGAGAUUUCCCGAAGCCACCGCCUGCAAGAGAGGACAGAUUAAGUUCUCAGUGAUGCAGCCGGGCACGCACGUGUGGCCGCACACGGGCCCCACCAACUGUCGACUGAGGAUGCACCUCGGCCUCGUCAUUCCCAAACAGGGAUGCACGAUCAGGUGCACGGACCAGACCAGGGAGUGGGAGGAAGGCAAAGUGCUGAUCUUUGACGACUCCUUCGAGCACGAGGUCUGGCAGGACGCGGACACCUUCCGCCUCAUCUUCAUCGUGGACGUGUGGCAUCCGCAGCUGACGGCGUCCCAGCGGCAGACCCUCAGCGCCAUCUAGACUGACGCGCUCAGGACACUGAAGGUUCCUCUGGGUGAUACUACUGACUUGAGCACACCCACUUCCACACCUCCACACACACGCAACAAGCAGGGCUUAAUCCUCAAUUCGGAUUUUGGGGUGUAGCCGUUCCCGACAGUAAUUAUGACCACAGUUAACCGGCGUUUGCCCGCACUCAGCAACCUUCGUGUUUGUAGCGUUGAUUAGCGAGAGACUUAUUGUGUGUUUUCCUGCUAGCCCACUUUUUCCUUUUGUAUGAUCACUACAACCAGCAGAUGUUAUCAGAGAUUCUAUUUUUAUUAAAAAUGACACCAGAAAAUCACA